AGCUGGUAAUCGCCACAUAAAUUUGUUUAUUUUGCUACAAAGAAAGCCAGCUAAUCUGGCGGUCGGUUGUAUAAUUGUUUAUUAAUUUAAUAGAGCCUAGAGAACAAAUUACUUUAAAAUGAGCUUUCCGCUGACGAAUCCCAAUAAGGAGUCGGCCAGAGCGGCGUGUAAAAAAUGUGGCUAUGCCGGCCAUCUAACUUUUCAGUGCCGCAAUUUUAUCAAGGUGGAUCCGAACAAAGAGAUUUUAUUGGAUGUUGAAAGUACUAGUUCCGAUUCCGAAUUGGACUAUUUGACUCCAUUGACUGAGCUGCGAAUGAAGGAGUUGAAAGAGAAGGAGGCGGAGCUUCUAAAGGCAAAGAAAAAAUCUGCUGCCAAGCCGAAGAAAUCUAAAAAGAAAGACCACAAGCAUAAAAGCAAAAAGAAGCGCAGCAGUAAAGCAAAGAAGCAUAAGAAACGUGGCGACUCCAAAUCUUCCAGUUCCGAUUCAUCCUCCCUAACCUCGUCUUCCUCAAGUGAUAGCAGUACCGAAUCAGAUUCUAGUGACAAUGAGGAGUCCUCGACAAGUGAAUCCGAUGAAAACGGACGUAAGCUUAAGAAGAAGGGAAAGUACAAGCGUAAGGCCGACACCCCCAAUAUGAGACGCAAGAAAACCAAGGUCAAACGCCGACGCUAUAAGACCACUGAAUCUACCAGCGACUCUGAAGAGGAUUCCUCUUCGGAUUAAAGUGCAGUAACAAAAGAACAUUUUUCUUAGUUUAAAGCCUAAGUAGCUAAUUAAGUACAUAUGUAUUUACCAUGUAGAUGAUGCACAUCUCUCCGAGAAAGUUAUGUGCACCAAAAUAUUAGUAAUUGCGAGUUUCAUU